CCCGCCAGCUUGGCGCGCCCCGUGCUCCAUGCCACCUGGUGCCUGGGACCCCAGAGCUCCUGUGAGAUAAGAAGGUACUUUCCCGAGUGUCUCCUCAUAUCCUGAAGGGGCGGAAGAAUGGCGGGCAACACGGCUGACAGCGCCAACCACCUGCCCUACUUUUUCGGCAACAUCACUCGGGAGGAGGCUGAAGACUACCUGGUCCAGGGAGGAAUGACAGAUGGGCUCUACCUGCUGCGCCAGAGCCGCAAUUACCUGGGCGGAUUUGCCCUGUCCGUGGCCCACAACAGGAAGGCACACCACUACACCAUUGAGAGGGAGCUCAAUGGCACCUAUGCUAUCUCUGGUGGCAGGACCCAUGCCAGUCCUGCCGACCUCUGCCAAUACCACUCCCAGGAAUCCGAUGGCCUCGUCUGCCUCCUCAAGAAGCCCUUAAAUCGGCCCCCAGGGGUGCAGCCCAAGACCGGGCCUUUUGAGGACCUGAAAGAAAACCUCAUCAGGGAAUAUGUGAAGCAGACCUGGAACCUGCAGGGCCAGGCUCUGGAGCAAGCCAUCAUCAGCCAGAAGCCCCAGCUGGAGAAGCUGAUCGCCACCACUGCCCAUGAGAAGAUGCCCUGGUUCCAUGGCAACAUCUCCAGGGAUGAAUCAGAGCAGACCGUCCUCAUAGGGUCAAAGAUCAAUGGGAAAUUCCUAAUCAGGGCCAGAGACAACAGUGGCUCCUACGCACUGUGCGUACUACAUGAAGGGAAGGUGUUGCACUAUCGCAUCGACAAGGAUAAGACAGGGAAGCUCUCCAUCCCUGAAGGGAAGAAGUUUGACACUCUCUGGCAGCUGGUGGAGCAUUACUCUUAUAAGCCAGAUGGGCUGUUAAGAGUCCUCACAGUGCCAUGCCAAAAGAUUGGUGCACAGACGGGUAACUCACAGAAUUCAAGUGCCCACCCUGUGACUUGGUCAGCGGGUGGAAUAAUCUCAAGAAUCAAAUCCUACACCUUCCCAAAGCCCGGCCACAGAAAGACUGCUCCAACUCCAGCCAGCCGUCCAGAGAGCACUGUGUCAUUCAACCCCUACGAGCCAUCAGGAGGGCCCUGGUCCCCAGACAGAGGCCUUCAGAGAGAAGCCCUACCCAUGGACACAGAGGUGUACGAGAGCCCCUAUGCUGAUCCUGAGGAGAUCCGGCCCAAGGAGGUCUACCUAGAUCGAAGCCUGCUGACCCUGGAGGACAAAGAACUGGGCUCGGGUAACUUCGGGACUGUGAAAAAGGGCUACUACCAAAUGAAAAAAGUGGUGAAAACAGUGGCGGUGAAGAUCCUGAAGAAUGAGACCAAUGACCCUGCUCUGAAGGACGAGCUGCUGGCAGAGGCGAACGUCAUGCAGCAGCUGGACAACCCCUACAUCGUGCGCAUGAUUGGGAUCUGCGAGGCCGAGUCUUGGAUGCUGGUGAUGGAGAUGGCAGAGCUCGGACCCCUCAACAAGUACCUGCAACAGAACAAGCACGUCAAGGAUAAGAACAUCAUAGAACUGGUCCACCAGGUUUCCAUGGGGAUGAAGUAUUUGGAGGAGUGCAACUUUGUGCACAGAGAUCUGGCUGCGAGGAACGUGCUGCUGGUCACUCAGCAUUAUGCCAAGAUCAGUGAUUUUGGUCUUUCCAAAGCUCUUCGUGCUGAUGAAAACUACUACAAGGCCCAGACCCACGGGAAGUGGCCCGUGAAGUGGUACGCCCCUGAAUGCAUCAACUACUACAAGUUCUCCAGUAAGAGCGACGUGUGGAGCUUCGGAGUUCUGAUGUGGGAGGCGUUCUCCUAUGGGCAGAAGCCCUAUCGAGGGAUGAAAGGGAGCGAGGUUACUGCCAUGCUGGAGAAAGGAGAGCGGAUGGGGUGCCCCCAAGGGUGCCCAAGAGAGAUGUAUGAGCUGAUGAACCUGUGCUGGACAUACGAGGUGGAAAACAGACCGGGAUUCACAGCAGUGGAGCUGCGGCUGCGCAAUUACUAUUACGACGUGGUUAACUAACAGCCUGGAUGCCUGUCACUGGCUGCCUUGGAUCACCAAGCAAUCAUAGGAAAUGCAUUCCGAUGAACUGACUUUUAGAGUUUCCAUCUCCCUCAGCCCAUGGGAAGAGUUACCCUCCUAAGGAACACGUAGAAGACUGGUUAGGUAAAGCUAGGGCUCACCCUUACUGCGAGCCCAUCCCAGAAGACAGACAGCAGGACAUCAGGACCUCUGGAUUCGUUUGGCUCUUUGUUUUCAUCGGUGUGUUUUUCACCAUGGAUGACUUUUAGGCUCUGUUUCCAAAUUCUAUUUACGUCAUUCUAGUUUUCUGGGUCCAGGGAUGCAGUGACCCCAAAGACCUGGCCUCGGGUACCAGGUGACAUGGAACAGUCCCACUCACCCUGCAGUUUCAAAACAUCCAAAGUUGUGAUUAGCAUGUGACACCUGAGAUGAAGGAAGAGAAAGAACAAGGAGGUUGGCUGCUUCUAGAACAUGCUCUGACAGCCAGCAAGACUGACCCCCGGCCACAGAAACUGUGCAGAUGAGAAAGUGCUGUGACAAUUAAAGGAAAGGAAGAAAGGAGGCUCACCAGUGCACUGUAAGCAGGCAGCCAGUUAGUGAAAUUACUCUGCUCUCAGCACUCGGGGACAGAAAUAACACGUGGAUGAGCAAGGAGAGUGGCUGGGAUGUACUGACUUGGCUUACGUGUGCCUGGAAGCCACCUUCCUGCAGAAUGACUUAACGUCUGCCUUUGUGUGCUUGCAGGGAAGGUGUAAACAAAGUUCUACAUGGAGUCUGCCAGGCUCCCGUGAUCCCAUGAGGCUAAGGACAAUAGUGUGUCAAGCAUGGGCUAGACUUCCUCCCUCUGCCAUCCCUUCUGACUCUCUGAUGGCAUGUGUGUCUAUGCAUUAUUUUUCUCAUGACUGUGACAAAAUAGCUAACAAGAAGCAACUUAAGGGAGGAAGGGUUUAUUCUGGCUCACAGUGUGAGGAGACAGUUCAUCAUGGCCGGGGUUGGGGGACGUGUCAGCAGGCAAUAAAGGCACAGCAGCAGGAGCUGGCUGGUCAUCUUACAUCUGCAGUCAGGAAACAGAGAGUGACAGGGAGUGAGACCAGGUUAUAAAACCUCAAGUCCUGUCCAUAGUGACCCAUUUCCUUCAGUGAGACUCCACCUCCUAAAGGUUCCACAAGCUUUCCAAACAGUGGCACCAGCUGGAGACCAAGU